CUUGAAUACAUGUGGAUUUUCUGGUCACAUGAUGAGAGAUUACAUUAAAAAAGAUUUGGGUCCAGCUCUGAAGAAAGCAGGUUUUGGCAAAGAUAAAGUGAAAUUAAUGAUUUGGGAUGACCAAUUAUUAGACAUUAUGCCGUUCAUACGUGUAAUCCUCGAAGAUAAAGAAGCUGCUGAGUAUGUUUCAGGUGUAGCCUAUCAUUGGUAUUCUCGGCGUUUCUAUGAGUUAUUGGAUGAAAUCAAGAUGACCUAUCCACAAGUCUUUCUACUUUCAACUGAAGGUAGUGAAGGAGUUUAUGCAGCUGAACGAGUAUCAUUGGGAAAUUGGACUCGAGCUGAAAGAUAUGCCACAGAUAUAAUUGAAGGUCUUAACCAUUGGUCAACUGGUUGGGUUGAUUGGAAUCUCGCUCUAGAUGAAAGUGGUGGACCAAAUUGGGUUAAUAAUUUCAUCGAUUCAAUGGUUAUUGUCAACAAUACUUCACCUGAAUACUACAAACAACCAAUGUAUUAUGUUUUUGGGCAUUUCAGCAGAUUCCUGAGGCCUGGUUCAACACGUUUGGGCCAUUCUAUUAUUAAGAAUAAUGCAGAAAAUGAAGUUAAGUUAACAGUUUUCCAGACUCCAACAAAUGAUACUGUUUUAACCGUUCUGAACAAGAAAAGUGCUCCAAUCAAAUUAACGGUUGAAGGUAUGAAUGUCAAACCAUUCACACUGACAUUCAGCCCUAAAUCAAUAACAACAAUUGUUAAUGCUUCUCAUUAAUUGCAUUUGGCUUGUAAUUUAAACUUAAUUUUGCCAAAAUUUUUCCUUCCUAAUAAAAAUUUAUAAUAUAACGAUAA